CAUUGUUCUGUAUUCUUAGGACGAGGACACCUACAUCACCCGUAGAUACCCGAGCCCUGACGUGCCACUCCCACAUCGCUCGCUCCAUGGGACCUACCUCGAGGUUCCAACCCCCAUCGCGCCACACGUACCCACCCAAGCCGCCCACUGGGACAAUGACAACGAGUCGACGGGCGCAUGGCCAUUCCCUGUUUCACUCACCGCCACUCACACCUACACGGAGGCGGCCCAACGCUACAUCACCACAUCGUCGGUCUCAAGUUUGAUGGGUGCAUUGGACCCUAUCGCGGUCGCGGAGCACCCUUCGAGACACCGCACGACACCCUUCUCCUUGCUGCUGGGCGCCGUCCAUCCGAUCCAGGGUCCAUGGAGCGAGAUGGCGCGAGAUAUAGUGGAGGCGCCGCGCGACACCGUCCUUGGGGUGUUGGCCGAGGUGCCUCCGCAGGUGCUCAUCGAGGAGGCCCCGGAGCUUGUCCCAGAGCUGCCGCCGUCGCCAGAGACCGCCUCGGAUCCGGUGCUGCCGGAGCACCACGUGCAUGUGGAGGAGGAGCCAAGGCAGAAGAAGGCGAAAAAUGGGGAGGGGAGACAUGGGAGGGAGGAGGGAGCGAGUCAGGGAGCGAGCGGCGCGACGGCGGGGAGGCGUACAGUCAAGAGGCCGCGCAUGCCCCCGAUCGCAGGGUAUGGCCGAUUUUCGGUCAAGCUGACAAGCGACUAUGCGGAGAGGGAGAGAGAGACGGCGGGAGAGCGAGGCCAGAUGCUUGUGGUCCAUCCACAGGCGCACGGCAGCGCCCCUCCAGAGACUACAAUGACAUCGACGACGUCCACCUACAGGGUGGAAAACCCCACAAGUGAUCCAGUCCCCGAGGCUGUACUGCAGUCCAUCGGAGGGCCCUGGAUAACGACACCUGGAGAGGAACAGAGAGGCGCGCGAAAGCGCAAGAGGGCUGACCCUCAUGUCUGCGACGGCACCGACGGGUGCAGCAAGCGGCUGUCGUGCCCUUACGACAUGCCCCGACACAAGGCGACUCUGCGCCACGGAGGACAGCGCGAAUUUGCAUGCGGCGACUGCCCAGCCCUUUGUGUGCGCAAAGAUGAAGUCCAUCGCCACAUGCGGGAGCACUGCCCAAACAGGGGCAGGAAACAUAACGGCGGGGGCGGUCCCUCGCAGGGCCCGAGACACGAUGGUUUAGAGGGCAGUGGAGGGGGUAUGGGGGGUAUGGGGUAUGGCCUGCUCGGCGGAUAG